CAGGCAGAAAUGAAAUGGCCAAUUCUAGAACACCCAACCCUGAAUGACAAAGGCAACCAUACAAAAAUGGGCAUCACAUGUUGAGAAAUUGAUGUAGACAAAAACCUGGAAAUCGCUGAAAAAUUACUUUGGCAAUUAUUUUAAGAGGGUGUCGAUAUUUAGUAACUCUGCCUUCCUAGCUUUUUCCGUGACUAGCGGCCUUACUGCACCUAAUGACUGAGUCCCUGCCUCCUCACACAGGCCGGCAUGCAUUGCGUCCCACUCAUCAACCAAGGCAUCAGUGCCUCGGAGCCCCCGGCACCUACAUCCCCUGGGACCAAGGCCUGCACCUGGAGGUCUUCAUACAGAACCACACCAAUCACCCAUUCAUCAGAAAGGUGUGGCAUCCAGUGUGGACAGCCUGGCCAGACUUCCUGCACCCCCUCACAUCUUUCCCUAUAGGUGUGGCAUCCAGUGUGGACAGCCUGGCCAGACUUCCUGCACCCCCUCACAUCUUUCCCUAUAGAUGUGGCAUCCAGUGUGGACAGCCUGGCCAGACUUCCUGCACCCCCUCACAUCUUUCCCUAUAGAUGUGGCAUCCAGUGUGGACAGCCUGGCCAGACUUCCUGCACCCCUUGGCCACCCACUACUGGGGCCGACAGCUGCUGCGCUUCCACAACACACUGCCCUCUGACGGAGCCUGGACCGACAUGAAUGAACCCUCAAACCUCUGGUCCAGGAGUCACCACGGCUGUCACCAGAACAACUUGGAGCAUCCGCCCUUCCUGCUGCCAGUGGUCAGAGACUCUCUCUUCUGCCACACGGUCUGCAUGUCGGCAAGGCACUACAUCGGACUCCACUACAACCUCCACAACCUUUACGGACUGUCAGAGACGAGUGCCACCAAUGCAUAAGUCUAUGAUGCUCAGAGUUUUAGGUGCAGGGAGGGAUAUGCUGACAGUAGGUUUGUGGUGUGCAUUCAGUAUGGGCACAGUACAUUAGUGAUGUGCUUGCAAUAAGAUUGUGGUGUGCAUUUAUUAUCGUUACAGUGUAUUAAUGAUAUACCCAAGUCAUAGGCAAGAGGAAAUACAAAUGAAGGAAGGCUGUUUUUCUUUCAGAGUUUACCAGCCAAAGGGAUGAAAGAAUGAAGAUGCUGGUUGACCCUUGCAUAAGGGAUUAGGAUAGCAUAGGGAUGAGCCAGAGUUGAAGGUCUUGUACAGAUACAGAUGAAGGAAGGCAAGGCUGUUUUUUCAGAGUUUACAUGCUUUUAAAAGGCAUGAAAGAAUAAAGAUGCUGCCUGGUUGACUCUUGCAUAAGGGAUAAGGAUGAGCCAAAGUAGAAAUUUACCAGCCAGAGGGAUGAAAGAAUGAAGAUGCUGGCUGGCUGACUCUUGCAUAAGGGAUUAGGGCAGCAUAGGGAUGAGCCAGUGUAUGGACGGUAGGGGUUGAGGCAUGCAGCUACCAAGUUCAGGAGUGCCCACCAGUCCUCUUAUUUAUAAGAUAUCAAUACUUAUUUAUUAUUACUAUCAAUAUGGCCAUUACUUGUUGCCAGAGCCCUGCAGGGUGUGGGAGCCAGGCGGCCGUUCAUGACUUCCCACUCGUCCUUCCCCGGCCAGGGCAUCGAUGGGGGCCACUGGACAGACCACUACGGGGGCCACUGGACGGACCACUACGGGGGCCACUGGACGGACCACUACGGGGGCCACUGGACAGACCACUACGGGGGCCACUGGACGGACCACUACGGGGGCCACUGGACGGACCACUACGGGGGCCACUGGACGGACCACUACGGGGGCCACUGGACGGACUACUACGGGGGCCACUGGACGGACCACUACGGGGGCCACUGGAUGGACCACUACGGGGGCCACUGGACGGACCACUACGGGGGCCACUGGACGGACCACUACGGGGGCCACUGGACGGACCACUACGGGGGCCACUGGACGGACCACUACGGGGGCCACUGGACGGGCCACGUGUGCUCCCACUGCAUCAACAUGUGGCACUCCACCGCAGCCUGAGCACCUCACCACAGAGCUGUCCAAGAUGCCUCACGUCCAAGAAGUCCCAGGUUUACAAGUGGAAGGGCCUGCUCAAGGAACUCCGCUGCUCUCUCCUGGACGGAAGGAACCAGGAGAUGGAGAGGAGGUGAGGGAAUAAUGUAGGCUCCAGUAUUUUAAUUUUUCAGCUUAUUCAAAGAGUUGGCAGUUUUGAGGUUUUGUGGUGUCAGGCAUGCCUUCCCUUAUCACUAAUUCCUCCUCCUCCUGGCCCUUGUCACUUGCCUGUUACAGUGUGAAGAGGGAGGGAAUACAUGAGGGAGGCAUUGAAAGGGAGAAUUAAGAUGUGAUGAGGGAAUGCCGUCAAUUCCAUUCUUUUCUUCAUAAUUGUAAUUGUUUUCAGUGUUGUUUUAAUGCAUAUGUAGUGCAGCGACUAGGCCUGACGGGCAAGCCUCCCAUAACCCACUCAGCCAGCGGGGUACCUCUUUGGCCGACUGGUAAGGUAGUGGCUCUCCCGUCACGCUGGUCACGGGUUCAAUCCCGGGCAGCCGACAAAACCCUAUCCUUGUCUUAAUUAAUGUCUUGUGUGUUUCAAUACACGCAGAGGACGUGUGGGACCGGGAGUAGUAAAAAAGAGAGAAAAAUCUCAGCCUUAAACAUAUAACAGGGAGGCUGGACGAGGCGGCAGAACUAUAGUGCUAGAAGGCAGGGAACGUAUCAGGGAGGCAGGGACACACAGUUUUCUUAUUUUUAGUAUACGAAUACUAAUUCAACUUAACUUCUUCCAUGGAAUGAGGUGAAGAAGAAGAAGAAGAAGAGGAAGAAGACUUAGGAACAAAGGUAAAAAAUAGCAC